AAAAUGGCGUUCUUACCUUCAAAGGUACAUCAUGCUAGCCAAAGAGAAGGAGCAGCCAAAAAGCAUUCUCCUCAAAAUCUUCACUGAGAACAUCAAGAACUGUGCCUGUUCCGUAACUAUAACAGUGACAAAUUCCGACACGGCAAAUGACACUAUCAACAUGUUACUAACAAUGCUGGGAAUAACCGGCUCUGAGAAAGACUUCCAGCUGUGGGUGAGUUCUGGCAAGGAAAAACUUCCACUAACUGGUAAGUGUCAGGGAAAAUCUAAGAUGGGAUUGAUUAGGUUCAAAAUUGUAACUCAAAGUUUCAAAGUAAUGGUUGUUCUUUCUUAAGCUUCAAAAUCCUUAAAAGUGAAAAUCACAUGUUAUAUUCCCUCACAUGUUUAUUAAAUAAUUACCAGGUACUGUUUCCCAGGCAUUGAUAACAUCUCUUCAUUCAGCAGCUAUGAUUUAGUGAGGGAGAGAAAUGUAAAUUUUUGUUUCUAC